CCAGAAUCCAGACUCGGUCCAGGACAACACGGUCCACCAGUCACAGCGGAGACCUGCAGGACGAUGGAGAACCAGAACCCGGACCGCAGGAGCCAAACAGCAGCCUCGUGCUCUGAUAGCGCCGAUGUUCAGAGAAGGAGAGGAAGAGAGGGACUCAAAUGUCAUCACUGUCAGCACUGUGACAAAUCCUUCACAAAAUCUGGAAAUUUGAAGAUUCAUCAGAGAGUUCACACUGGAGAGAAACCGUACAGCUGUGACCAGUGUGGAAAAGCUUUCACUACAUCAGGUGACCUAAAAAUCCACCACCGUGUUCACACUGGAGAGAAACCGUACACCUGUAACCAGUGUGGGAAAACGUUCACUCAAUCAGGUGACCUAAAAAAGCACCAACGUGUUCACACUGGAGAGAAACCAUACUGCUGUGAACAGUGUGGGAAAACUUUCACUCAAUCCAGCCAGCUAAAAACCCACGAACGAGUUCACACUGGCGAGAAACCGUACAGCUGUGACCAG